GGGAUGGAGCUGGAUGAUCUUUAAGGUCCUUCCAACCCAAACCAUUCCAUGAUUCCAUGAAAUCCUGCUCCAGUGGGAGCAGACACCCAGCCUGUGGCUUCAGGCCACCACGUGCUACUCCCUUCCAGGCUGUGGCUGGGGCUGGGCAGUGCUGAUGCCUGAAUUUUGAGCCCACAAGAGCAAUGCUCGUCCCUGGAGAAUUGCUCAAUGUGCAGGAUAAAAAAGAUGCCAAGUUCCUGUGCUCCUUCCUUCCGGCACAGCCAGGAGGGGGAGAGGAGCUGCCCAUGGGCAGAGCUGGCGUUGCUCCUCUCCAGCUCCUCUCCCAUUCCUUCUCUGCUCAGCCCCAUGGAGAAGCUCCUGCACCUCACCUUGGUCCUCCUGGCAGCGUCCUGUUCCGCGGAGAACGUCACCGUGGUGGCCGCCAUGGAGGGGGACACCGUUUCUGUCAACUGCUCCUACGACCCGCGGCAGUGGUGGCGGGAGAAGAGCUGGUGCAGGCAGCUGGAGCAGAGCCGGUGCCAGCACGUGGUGAGUGCCCCACCCGUGUGGCUGCCCUUCCUCAGGGCCAGGACGGGCACCACCUCCAUCAGGGACAACGCCCGCGCCGGGCUCCUGACCGUCACCAUGGGGCAGCUCCGCAGGGAGGACGCGGGGCUGUACCAGUGCAGAACGGAUUUCCUGGGAGACACCAAGAGCCUGAGGAAGGUGCGGGUGGAAGUGCUGGCAGGUCCCCUCCUGAUGUGGAUUUCACUGUUUUCUACAUCCUGGCUGGAUUCCUGGUGGCCAAGUUCAUGGUGGCUGUGCUGGUCUGUGCUGUUGCCCACAGCAGGAAGAACAGGGAGAGGGGGCAGAACCCAGGGCUGGGUGAGCAGCAGGCGCUCCCUGUCCCUGCUGGCCUUGGACAUGAUGGAAUUGGCCUCUCCUGGGAGAGCUCUGCAUGAGCCAAGCCAAAGGGAAUCCAUGGAAAAGGCAAAUCAGGGGUUUGCCAUCUGCCCUAAGAAAAGGAUCACUGCUAACCACAGGUCUGGAAGAAUCUGUCACUCCGGAGAGGGAAUGUCCCCAUCUUCUUUGUCACUUCUUCCCCUCGGUACCUCAUCCCCAGGCAGUUAUUCCAGACUUCAUUCCCAGGACCAUUCCAUCAGGGUCUGAACUGACACCCAUCAACUUCCUGUCACCUCAGGUGACACGUUCUGUCUUUCCAAGGUGAGGAAGAGCAGCUCCCAAAAGCUGCUUUGGACAGUGGGCAUGCUUGGAGAAAAUCCUCGUGGAAAGGAACUGCAGGACACACCAGGAAAGGGAUGUGGUCUCCUUGCAUCUCCCAGCCAGCUUCUCCUCUCUGAAGGGACUUUGUGGACACAGGAACUGUCUUUUUGUUGUUCUCCCCGUGUUUUCUCUCCCAUGUGGUUGUUCCUUCCUCCCCGCCGAGCUGCACUCAGCUCUCCCAGGCUCCAAACCCAUGGGCACUCACGUUUCUUUAUCCCUGCAAAACUAAAUAAAAUCCAUCUGAUUCUCUG